AAAACGCAGCCCGUAUUUCAGAGAGAAGCUUUUAUAUUUAGUAUUUAUUAAUACCCGUGGCCGUUGGGCGGUGAGUGGAGCAAAAUAAUAAUCAGUAAUUAAUCUCAAAAACAAAUCAUAUUGAACGUAAAACCAUCUACACAUAGUUACAUAAAGCUACAAGCACUCGGGAGACUAAAGACCUUGCUUGUACAAGUUACUGUAUACGAAUAGAAUGGCGAGUUCGGUUGACGACACCAGCGCCAACGGUGACAACGCUAUUAACAACAGCAAUAAGGAUGAUAUCAAUGUUGUCCAGACGUCGCUUAGCAACUGGUCGGUCCUCCGCACAGCCCACCUUGCGAACGCCCUAGCACUCUCAUAUCUCGUAUACAUCCAACACAAUGAUGGCCGGAUUCUGUUCGACCUAUUUGAUGCCUGGGAUUCUCUGUCAGAGAUGAAUGCACACAAUGGUGGUAAUAUUUCUAAUGGCACCUAUACUGUAGAACCUAGCGAAUUGGCGGUAAUUCUGGGACGGGCAAUCAACCUGCAACUGAUGUUCUCUGCGCUGGUGAUCUACUACGGGGUGUUCUGUGACAGUGAUAUCACGCGUCGGUGGGUGUCGCUGUACUCGUUGAUAUCCACAUUUUCCACAGCCAAGUUCCUGUACACCACUGUCAUAGCCAUUGCCUGGUCAAAGGGACGCGGACAGAGCCCAGUAGUAAGUGCAACACAAGACAUUGCUAAGAAUCUCAUCUUGUUGACCUUCGCUAACUUUACAGCGAUGGCAUACGAUGUGUUUAUGACCCGCCUCGAGCAGUCCUCUCUGAAGAGAGAUGGGUUGAUCUUGUUUAUGAAAGGCGAUCGACUUAAAAACGAGGAGAGACGGAGAGCGCUGGAAGCGGCUGGUAGUACAGGCGACGACAGUGUUACAAGUAGUAUUAGAUACCACGCAGAAGAGGUGGGCAUUGCGAAGUCGAGUGAAAUGAAGAAGUUGGACUAACACUCAUACAAUAUAGAUAUAGAUAUAUACAUUAUGUAGUUGCAUAAAUACUUCUAAGCUUAUUGUGGUAGCGUUUACAUAUCUU